AUGAUAUUGAAAAUACCCAAUAAUGAAUUUACACAACAAAUUGUACAAAUUCAUGAAGAUAAAGAAUUAGAACAAAAUAGAGAAAAUUAUGAAGGAAUUGCUGAUAUUCUUUAUAGAAUGCAAUUUGAAGAACUAACUAUAAUAGAUUUAGUUGAUCAAAUAAAACAUAUGACAAUACAUGCUCAAUUUGUAAAAGAAAAUCUUACACAAUUAGAAAGAAUAUUACAAGAAGAAAAGAAAAAUGAUAGUAAAGAAAUUGAAAAAAGCUUAAAGCAGUUAAGAUAUAGGCUUCAAACUAUUGAAGAUAAUUACAAAUAUGUAUCAAACCUACCAGAUGAAGAAUUAAAAAGUCAUCUAGGAACAGUAAAAAAGACUGUAAAAAUAAAUGUUAAUGAUAAAGAAGAAGAUAGAAAGAAAGCCUUAUAUAAUUCAAAAGACCAACAAGUAUGGAAAAAUAAAGAUGUGAUUGAACAAAUAGAAGAAAAAUAUCAAUUUAAUAAGUAUGUAUUAUUAAAUAUGACAAAAGAAGAGUUUAAUCAAAUGCAAACAUGGGAACAACAAAUAGCAAUGAGAAACUUCUUGAUAGGAUCAGAAUUCUCAAGUGAAAAACUAUUAGCAUCAUUAUUGGAAAAACAAGAAAAAAUGCAUAAUGAUGAUGAAAUAGAAAAAAGGUUUAUAAAAAAUCAAAAAUUAGUAAAAGGAAAACUACAACCUGAAACAUUCCUACCAGAAGGAUCUGUUCAUAAUAGGUAUAUACCAAAAGAUAAUACUUAUAGAAAAAGACCUGUAUUUUCAACUUCUAACUUUGUAAAUAAAAAUAUUAUAGAUCCAAUAUUUAGAAGAACACAUGGAAGAAAUAGCAGUACAUCAAGUCUACCAAAGAUACCUUCUAGUUUAAAAAAUAAAAUAAAUCUAGAAAAAGAUGAUAAAGAAUUUAAACUUCAAAAACCACCUGUAAAAUUUAAAAGAACAAGAACAGUUGUAUUAACUGAUACAAAUUUAUCCUCCACAAAUGGAGAUAAAUGGAAGAAAGAAAGAGAUAUUAGAAGAAAACUCUUUCAAGAAAGUAAAAAUGAAGAAAUAACAUCUGAAGAUGAAAAAGAAAUAAAUGAAUUAGAUAAUAUCAUAAAAGAUGAUGUACAAGAUUAUUAUAAAAAUAGGUAUAAUAAUCAAGAAGAAAUAGGUAAAUCCUCAAAACCAAUAAGAUAUGAGGAUGAAGACACUAGAAUAUUAGAAAUACCAUGA